GCUUUUGCACGCCAGAGGGAUCCUUUGACCUGAUCUUCAUCACCGCACGUUUCGUUGGUCUGGAUAAAGGAUAGCCAUGGUCAUACAACAACCCGUCGGUCAGAUCAAGUUGACGAACGUCUCCAUCGUGAGGCUCAAGAAGGGGGGCAAACGGUUCGAGAUCGCAUGUUACAAGAACAAAGUCCAAGAAUGGCGCAACGGCGUUGAAAAGAACUUGGAUGACGUUCUACAGAUAGGAAACAUCUUCGUGAACGUAUCAAAGGGCGAAGUCGCGAAGAACAACGACCUUCAGAAGGCGUUCGGCACCACAGACCGGGACGAGAUCGUCAAGCAGAUCCUCCAAAAAGGCGAGGUUCAAGUCGGCGAAAAAGAGCGGGAACACGACCUGUCCUCCCUCCGACGCGAGAUCGCGACGCUCGUCGCCGAGAAAUGCGUCGAUCCCACCACGCAGCGCCCUUACCCCUCGGGGAUCAUCGAGAAGGCGAUGACCGAGGCCGGAUUCAGCGUCAAGCAGGACAAGAGCGCGAAGUCGCAGGUGGGCGCGUGCCUGAAGGCGAUCCAGGCCGGGUCGGCGCUGCCCAUCCAGCGCGCGCGGAUGCGGGUCCGGGUGAGCGUUCCCGCGAAAGAGGCGGGCGAGGGCGAGGGGAGUUUGAAGAGCAAGGUGCUCGAGGGCGCGGAGAAGGUCGAGAGCGAGGAGACCGGCGCGGAUGGUUGGGACGUGGUCAUGCUCAUCGAUCCGGGCCAGUUCAGGGUGAUCAACGAGUUGCUGCAGAAGCACUGCAAGGGUAAGGGUCGGAUAGAGACCCUGACUUUUGCGGCGACGUCCACGACCAGCUGAACUCGCAGCACAAGCCCGAGAUCUUGUCGUAUCUUCCGAUGUAUUUUCUGAUGUAUUUCUUAGUCCGUGUUUCGGUACAUCCACAAUAGCAUUAACGUUACAAGACGAGGAAAACAUGACAUUGGCUCGGAGAUCGCGAUAUGCAAGGCCAGCAGGGGAUAAGAGCGCUCGGGGCCUCCCAUGUUAGGGAUUAUACACUGUCACCAUGAUAGACGAACCGCGUCUUCUUGGGAUUCUCAGGCGCGGUGCGAACGUAGCGAUCGUUGUCUUCAGGACGCUCCUUAGCCGUACACGAAGCGAGCAUGCUCUGCAGCGUCACGCAUACGCUCAUCACGCUGAGAACGGGCGACCACUCAUUUCCCAGUAUCGAAGCGCAUAUAUGACCAUUCGAGUAAACGUGAGGAUGUAUAGGCGCUUUCCAGUUCUCGUCGACAACGAAUUGUACGGCCGGGGAUGAUAUCGGAUAUUGCGGCUCGAAACGGAACUUGAGCGCGAACACCUCGUCCUUGUACAGGCUCUCGCCCUUGACUUCAAUCGACAGGAACCAGGUCUGGAAGUCGUCCGCCUGAAGUAGUGUGAUACCAACUGGACAUCCGUUCGUCUUUAUAUCCGUAAGCUCCUUCGCGAGACGUUUGGACGAGAUCGGAACGGCCAUGGUCGGUGCAGGCAGC